GGCGGAGACUCGCGGCUGAGAAAUGGAGGGGAAUAUGAAAUGAUAAAAGCAGCAGUUAUGAGGCAGAGCCUAAGAGAACUAUGGCAACAUCAGGCGACUGUCCCAGAAGUGAAUCACAGGAAGAACAGCCUGUCGAGCGCAGUGAAGAAGAGCUCCUCCAGGAGGGAGCUCAGCCAGAGGAGUUCGUGGCCAUAGCAGACUACUCUGCCACUGAUGAGACCCAGCUCAGUUUUUUGAGAGGAGAAAAAAUUCUUAUCCUGAGACAAACCACUGCCGAUUGGUGGUGGGGUGAACGUGCGGGCUACUGUGGGUACAUACCAGCGAACCACGUUGGCAAACACGUGGAGGAGUACGACCCUGAGGACACGUGGCAGGAUGAGGAGUACUUUGGCAGCUACGGAACGCUGAAACUUCACUUGGAGAUGUUGGCAGACCAGCCACGAACAACUAAGUACCACAACGUUAUCCUGCAGAAUAAAGAUUCCUUGAAGGAUAAAGUCAUCCUGGACGUUGGCUGUGGAACCGGGAUCAUCAGUCUCUUCUGCGCACAUUAUGCACAGCCCAAAGCGGUAUAUGCCGUGGAGGCCAGCGAGAUGGCACAGCACACGGGGCAGCUGGUCCUGCAGAACGGCUUCGCAGACACCAUCACCGUGUUUCAGCAGAAGGUGGAGGACGUGGUGCUGCCCGAGAAGGUGGACGUGCUGGUGUCUGAGUGGAUGGGGACCUGCCUGCUGUUCGAAUUCAUGAUCGAGUCCAUUCUGUACGCCCGGGAUGCCUGGCUGAAAGAGGACGGGAUCAUAUGGCCAACCACGGCUGCGCUGCACCUUGUGCCCUGCAGCGCCGACAAGGACUACCACAGCAAGGUGCUCUUCUGGGACAACGCCUACGAGUUCAACCUCAGUGCGCUGAAAUCUUUAGCAAUUAAGGAGUUUUUUUCGAAGCCCAAGUAUAACCACAUUUUGAAACCAGAAGACUGUCUCUCUGAACCAUGCACUAUAUUACAAUUGGACAUGAGAACUGUGCAAAUCUCUGAUCUAGAGACCCUGCGGGGCGACCUGCGCUUUGACAUCCGGAAGGCGGGCACGCUGCACGGCUUCACGGCCUGGUUCAGCGUGCACUUCCAGAGCCUGCAGGAGGGCCAGCCUCAGCAGGUGCUCAGCACCGGCCCCUUCCACCCCACCACACACUGGAAGCAGACACUGUUUAUGAUGGAUGACCCAGUCCCUGUCCACACAGGAGAUGUGGUCACAGGUUCAGUUGUGUUGCAGAGAAAUCCAGUAUGGAGAAGGCACAUGUCGGUUGCUCUGAGCUGGGCUGUCACUUCCAGACAGGACCCCACAUCUCAAAAAGUUGGAGAAAAAGUUUUUCCGAUCUGGAGAUAACAGAGACGUUCCAUUUGGGAGGCAGCCUGCGUACCUUGUGGGAGGAACACAGUGAAUCAAGAUGCACCUGGUUGCUCCCACCCACUCUACACUGCCCUUCCCCGCCUGGCCAGCGACGUCAGGCUCCUUCACAGACAAAUGCGCUUGGGCUGGCAGGAGCUGCAUUGCCACCCUCACUGCCCAGUGUCUGCCCAUAGAAGUAGGCUAUGUUAUCCUGGUGUUCACCCCGUGGUUCCCACAGUGCCAACCCGUGGGUAGGUCGUGGUUCAGUGUUUCCAAGCUAGGUCUAGUUCUGAACUCCUAGGAUGCACGUGUAUCAGCCUGUGUUCCCCUGUGACAGUGACUGUUCAUGCAUCAUGUAUUAGUGGUGUCCUUGCUGCUGUCGGUUCACCCACUCAACAUGCAGGAUGUAGCACUGCACCACUCUGUGCAGGUGGUGUGUAGGGCGCUGAGCUGCUCCAGCCUGGAGUCAGGGCUGGAAUUGGCGGUGCAUGUGAUGGGCUCUGCAUGGGAUAGUACAGUUGUGUCGAUGUCUUUCAAAUAAAUUAUGUGGUAGCACUUAGUACAUGCUCAAUAAAUAUUUUUUACUGAACAUA